CGAGCUGCGAAAUUCCCGCGAUUUGCGAUUCGCGCGGUGCGAUAGGUGACGACAUAGGAAAGCCAAUCUCUUCCUGCCCGGAUACUGGACCAAGAUCUAUUAAGCAUUUCGCUAUCACAGGACUCGCACAAAAGUAGUCAUGGCAGCAGCGAUCCCGCCAACACAAGCUCCCGCGGCGCAAGAAUACGGCGGUGAUGAGAUCAACGCGCUCAUUCUCGAUCCGGGCAGCUUUACCACUCGAGCAGGUUUCGCAGGUGAAGACACUCCCAAGUCCGUCAUCCCGACCAGCUAUGUGGUGACCUCGUCGGGCGAGAAACUUUACGGGGACAAUGCCAUACACCUGGUCCGACCAGGCGCCGAGAUCGCAAAUCCCUAUAACGCAGAUGGAAUAGUCGAGGAUUGGGAGACUGCUGCACGGUUAUGGGAAUACAGCAUUACAUCUCGUCUCACCGGCCCACGGCAAACAGCACCCAGUAAGAAUGGACUGAAUGACCCGGCUUCCAAGGAAAACCAGGAUGGAGACGGAGAUGUGGACAUGGAUGCAGCGGUCGAGGAAACGGAAGAGCAUGAGCGGAUACUGAGCGACAAUCCUUUGUUAAUGAGUGAACCUGCGUGGAAUCCGUCAAAGGCACGAGAAAAGACAAUCGAGCUGGCCAUGGAAGAUUGGAAUGUUCCGGCUUUCUUUUUGGCCAAGACUGGGCAAUUAGCAGCGUACUCCCAAGGAAAGGCCACCGCUUUGAUCGUCGACGUUGGUCAUCUGAAUACCUCAGUAACAGCCUUGUACGACGGCAUGGUGCUACGGAAAGCAUCAAGUCACACCCCGCUCGCCGGUUCAUGGCUCAACACACAGCUACGAUUAAUGUUCGGCUCCUUGUCACCGGCAGUGCCAUUAAAUCCCUACUACGCCAUCGCUAGCAAACAACCUGUCGAUGCUGGCGCGCCAAGCUUGGCGACCUUUCAGAAAUUCGACACUGCACCCAGCGCAUCCUUCCGCACUUUCGAGGAGGAUCGAGUCCUGGCCGCCUUCAAGGAGUCAAUUGUCACAGCGUGGCCAGGCCCAAACAGUCUUUCUUCGCCGACGGCACCUGGAGGUACGGUGACCAAUGCUGAGACUCUCAAGAGCUUGCCACCCAGACCAUUCGAAUUUCCAGACGGAUGGAACAAUGUUUUCGGUGUGGAGCGCUUCAAAGUUGCGGAGGGGCUAUUUGACGCUUCUGCUGCCUACUCAUCUACCGAGCAUACGGCUCCAACAGCGGAACAGACCAUCACAAGCGUGAUCCGUCGCGCAGUUGAUGCGGUCGACGUCGACGCUCGGCCAACUCUGCUCAACAAUGUCAUCAUCACGGGUGCCGGGAGCUUGAUCGAGAAAUUGCCUGAGCGCAUUCAGAGCGACCUCGCCCUGAAAUACCCAAACCCCAAGGUUCGUGUCAUUGCCAACACGAGCACCGCCGAGCGGAGGUUCGGUUCAUGGAUCGGUGGAAGUGUGCUUGGAAGUCUCGGCACAUUCCAUCAAAUGUGGAUCAGCAAACAGGAGUACGAUGAGUUCGGAGCAAGCAUCGUCGAUAAACGGUGCAAAUGAGCCUUACGGAGACAUUUCAGCGUUGUGUCAUGACAACGGGGAAACACAUGCUGGCGUAAUAGUCGCUCAGCGAGCAGCAUUUCUGAAGACUUCGACCAGCCAUCGCAGUAGGGACGGUAGUGUCGGAAAGCCUUGCGCAUGAGACGAAGACGGAGAACGUUACCACCCAUGACUCGGCAUUCCUCUCUAUGGUGAUGGCCAUCAGCACUUGAUUGCAGGAUGUAAGCCUCAAUGGCAUGAUCACAUCGAAUCACCACAGAGCGUGGCGACAGGCUGAGGAGAUUGUCUGACUAUCAAUAGAUCCAUGGAGCUGGGAUGUAAUGUAUUGUAGAUUGAUCGGAAAGACCGCCCUUGUCACAUAAGCGUUCUUGCAUGCCGCUGGUUCAGGAAAUGGCUGUUCUGUUCGCCAAAGUGGAUUAACACCAAUGCGCUGAAGC